AUGUCCGUUACAAACGUGAAUACUGUCAAAUGUACGAAUUGCAAUAUUGUUAUUUCGGAGGUGUUAGCCUUUAUACGAAAUAGACAUGACGUUGUGGAUAACGAGAGUUUAAUCAGAAUAUGUUCCUCGGCCUUCUCUGAGGAAGAAAUUGAUGAAGCUAAGAAGUUAUUAUUUGUUUCCACGAAAACUACGCAAAAGUUAGUUUCUAGGCGAAAGAAUAAGAAGCAAAAAGACCUGGAGGAUAUGAUUUCAGUGUUUAAGACCAUGGAUCCUGAGCAAAUACCUAUAUUUGUGGCGUAUGAUUUGCACAAACUGCCACCGAUCUGUUUCGAUCAUGUGGAUGUAACAAAGCUACUUAAAGAUUUGUUGGUGUUAAAAUCAGAAAUCAAUGACAUUAAAGAUAGUUACGUGACAAAGUCUGAGUUUGAAGAAGUAAAAUUACAUAAUGAACAACUGAAAACUCCGUUAAGCAAUUUGAAUUUGAAUAAUAAUUUAAAAAGAGGGUAUGUUAAACAAAAUGAAUCAGAUGAUACGUUGCGAGUGCAGCCGACUUCUGUUUGUACGACGAUGUCGCCCGAACGAAUAAGCAACGCUUCAACGUACAACGCGCUCACUCGCACGCAUAGCGAACCUGUGACUCAGCUGCAUACUAUCUCAGUCACACCGCGCAGCUCGGCCGUCGUCGUUGAGACCACUGACAUUGGGCGCGAAGCUAAGAGUCAACGAACUCUGGCGCAAAUUGUAAACAAUAAUAAAACAGGAUAUGACAACAAAAAAGAUAAUGAAUGGACUAUAGUGAAAAGAAGAAAUGUUAAAAAACGCUUUGCUGGGAUGACGGGUAAAGCAGUAUCUAAUUCGGAAGGAAAAUUCAAAGCUGCUGAGCUGAAAAUUCCGUUGUUUAUAUCAUACGUCAGUAAAGAAACAACUGUCACUGACAUAUGUGAAUAUAUAAAAAUGAAAUCGAACGAAGAAGUUAUUCUUGAGAAAAUAAAUAUGAGAAGAGAAAGGCCAUACAAUGCGUUUAAAGUAUACAUUCCAAAGAAUAAAAUAUCUACUUUUUUGGAUGAUAAGUUAUGGCCAGAGGGUAUAACCUUCAGAAGGUUUAUUAAUUUUAAAAAUAGCAAAGACACCCGAUUGGUGGAUGAAAACAAAAAUAAAUCGAACUUAUAA